GACAAUCCAUGGCUAGGUAGAUGGGCGACAAAAAUUGGAACUUAUGGAUCGCUACAGUCAGAAAUUGGUAGCAGAGGUGGAUGUGAGUGCCGGUAAAUUUUUAUGUGUAAGAAAUCCAAAACAAACAAAGCAAUGAAAACCUGAACCAUCAACAUGAACUAUGGAUACAAGGCAAGAAGCCUACAGACUAUAAACUAUAAUGUGGCACUCGUGAAAACAAAUAACAACUACAACAAAACCUUGACAGUGAGACACUGAAAAACUAGGAGUUAAAAUAUUUAGGAACUGUGAUAAAUGCAGUGGGAACUUGUGUUCUGACUGCAACACAGAGGCAACCAGUAAAAAACACAAGCAGAAAUUUUACAGAACUUUUAUUAGUCUGUUUAUUUUAUUAGGAUUAUUAGUCUGUUCAGUCUGUUUUGUAAUCUGGUAUGGUAACCUGAAGCUGAAAACGAGAAAUCAGUUGAACAAAGUUAUUAAUGCUGCCAGCAAGAUUAUUGGUGAUCCGCAGACAUCACUGUCUGACAUCAAUGGGGUGUGGGGUUAAGUUCAAAUAGAUGUUUUCUCAGGAACCUUCAAACUGGGUAUACUUGUGUUGUUGUACCAGUCUGUAAAAGGGUUUCAAAUGACUAAAAUUUUACUGCAAAUAAAUGCAAACUAAUGCACAGGUCUGAAGAAAAAUCACACAAAUGAAUGCAAAAACAUGUCUGCGCAGGUCUGAAGGACGAAAGAGAAUGACCUGAGAAAAUGAGCAAUGCAAUCUUUAUUCCAUUGUUUUUCAACUGCUAGAAAAAUUAUUGUUUAUUGUUGCUAUGACAGCCAUUUGAUUACUCGACAUCUGUCAGUAAGGUUGUUAUUUCACAGCUUAAAUAACUGAUUUUAUUACGAUUUGUGUCUGGGUCUGAGAGUGACUGCCUUUAUAUAGGAACUUUAUAAAAUAAACUUAUUAAUUAAAGUAAGAGAAACACAAAGCAAAUAUUAGAAAUGGAAGACUGCAUGACAAACCACAUCAUAAAAUUAGGGGCGGCUGUGGAUCAGGUGGUAGAGCGGGUUGUCCACUAAUCGUAGGGUUGGCGGUUCAAUUCCCAGCCCACAUGCCUCCACAUGACUCCACAUGCCGAAGUGUCCUUGGGAAAUACACUGAACCCCAAGUUGCUCCCGAUGGCAAGCUAGUGCCUUGCAUGCCAGCUCUGCUAUGUGUGUGAGUGUGAGUGUGUGAAUGACACACAGUGUAAAGCACUUUGUAGAACUGCUAAGGUUAAAAAAGUGGUGUAAGUGCAGACCAUAAAAUAAAAACACAUUCGAUUUUUACAUGAGAAAAUGUCACCCACGAAAGCCCUAAAAACAUUAGACUUGAUCCCAUUUGCAUGAAGUUUGCAUUGCUAAUUUUCUCACACUGUCCUUCAAAACUGUACAAUAUGGUUUUGCAUUCUAUGGUGUUCUGCCUUCUGAAAGAUAUAAAAGUCUCCAGGCUUCAGAGCUGAGCUCAAACACACCAGAGUGAGAGAUGAAGAUGAAGGCUGUUCUCUCUGUCCUCGUCCUGGCAGCUCUGACAGGAGCAGCUACCGCUCUGUUCUGGAGGAAAUACAUUCAUGUGAAUGAACAACUGAACUGGAGUGAUGCUCAGAAAUACUGCAGGGAGAAUUAUACAGAUCUAGCAAUCUUUGAAACCCAAGAGGAACAAGACAGAUUCCAAAAUCAUAUAACAACUCCUAAAUCGUGCUGGAUUGGCCUUAGCAGGAAUUCAAAUACUUACAAAUUUACUCAGUGGUCUGAUGGAAGCUUAUCAAGUUUCCAACAGUGGAGCACUGGUGAACCUUCAUGGGAUAACGAGAAAAACUGUGUAUACAUACAAUAUUCUUGGUGGACUAGUCAUUUCUGUAAAGAUAGACUGACCUUCAUCUGCUACACCUGGAAGCCAGAGCUGAUCGUGGUGCAGGAGAUGAAGACCUGGGAAGAAGCUCUAAACUACUGCAGAAUGCACUACACCGAUCUGGUGAGCCUCGACACAAAGAGAGAUCAACAAGCGGUCAACAGCAUGAGUAAUGAAACUCUCACACCCAGUUUCUGGACCGGUCUGCGCUUCCUGGAUGGAUCAUGGUUCUGGGUGAACCAGGUCUUGAUGGAUGAACAAAGCCUGGGGAGCCUGAGCGUUAUGCCCUCAUGCCCUGCACCACGGUUCCAUUGUGGAGCCCGAAAUGCCAGAGAUAAUGUUCUGGAGAACCGAGACUGUGAGGAGAAAAUGAACUUCAUCUGCUACAACCGAAUUAAUUGAAGAUGUUCACUGUGAUCGAGACCAGGACAAGAUGGAGGAGAAAGGAAGGACAGAGGUGUGACGCAUGUCGAUGUUUCACAUUUCCACUAGAUGAAUAUUAACUCUGUAAACUAGAUGAUUUUACUGGAAUGAUUAACUGUAUAUUUAGAUUUCAUGUGUUAUUAUGACUUGCCUGUUUCAUUAAUCUAUUAGAAAUUAUAUAUAUUAGCAUGUUAUAUGUUUUAACUAUUAAAUAUGAUGUAAAAUCUGAAAACUGCCAUAAACCAUUUCAUUAUGUAGAAAAUAAAUAAUUAAUAAAUGUUGAAAUGGUACCACAAAUGUGUG